CAGCCAUAAAGUUUUGGGAUUUCUAACACACACACACAAACACCAACAUAUAUGGCUCCAAAAGGAGACAAUGUUGUAGUUUCCAACAUGAAGCUUGAGAGGAUGCUUAGCAUGAAAGGAGGCAAAGGAGAAGCUAGUUAUGCCAACAAUUCCCAAGCCCAGGCACUACAUGCUCGAUCCAUGCUUCAUCUUCUUGAAGAAACUCUUGAUGGGGUCCAGCUAAACUCACCGGAGGUGCCGUUUGUGGUGGUGGACCUCGGAUGCUCAUGCGGCAGCAACACCAUCUACAUCGUUGACGUGAUGAUCAAGCACAUGAUCAAGCGCUACGAGGCCUUGGGUUACGAGCCGCCGGAGUUCUCUGCUUUCUUCUCCGACCUCCCCAGCAAUGACUUCAACACCCUCUUUCAGCUCCUCCCUCCGCUAGCCAAUUACGGCGGUAGCAUGGAGGAGUGCCUAGCAGCCAACAAGCACAGAUCUUAUUUUGCAGCUGGGGUUCCCGGAUCCUUCUACCGGAGACUUUUUCCGGCCAGGUCUAUUGAUGUCUUCCACUCCGCAUUUUCCCUCCAUUGGCUAUCUCAGGUACCGGAGAGUGUGCUAGACAAGAGAUCAACGGCUUACAACAAAGGGAGGGUGUUCAUCCACGGUGCAAGUGAGAGCACUGCAAAUGCAUACAAGAAACGGUUUCAAACUGAUUUGGCAGGGUUCCUGAGAUCAAGAUCGCAGGAGAUGAAGAGAGGUGGGUCCAUGUUUCUUGUCUGCUUAGGAAGAACCUCAGUGGACCCCGCCGACCAAGGUGGGGCCGGCCUCCUCUUUGGAACCCACUUUCAGGAUGCUUGGGAUGAUCUUGUCCAAGAGGGCCUUAUCAACAGUGAGAAACGUGACAACUUCAACAUUCCGGUGUAUGCACCAAGCCUACAAGACUUCAAGGAGGUGGUAGAAGCUGACGGCUCAUUUGCCAUUAACAAGCUAGAAGUUUUUAAAGGAGGAAGCCCCCUUGUGGUUAACCAGCCGGACGACGCAGUCGAGGUUGGUCGAGCCCUAGCCAAUAGCUGCCGGAGUGUGUCCGGUGUCCUAGUCGAUGCACACAUCGGUGAUCGGCUUAGCGAGGAACUAUUUUUGAGAGUGGAGCAUCGAGCCACCAGCCAUGCUAAAGUGCUGCUAGAGCAACUACAAUUCUUUCAUAUUGUGGCAUCCCUUUCUUUUGCUUAGGGCAAAGUUUUUUUUUAAAAAAAAAAAAAAAAAAAAAAUAGGGCUUCAGAAAAUGAGAGGGGAAAAGGCUUUCUUUCUCCCUUAGGGGUGUGUCAUUCUAUUGCAUAGAGUUCACACACACAAAAGUGAGAGUAGAAGAAGGCUUUUUGAUGAUCAUGAUCACCUUCUUUUCUUUUUCUUUUUUUCUUUUUUGUUCUUUUUUCUCUCUCUCUUUUGUGUGUUUCUGUGGUGUAACUGUAGUGACCUCUAUAUACUUGAUGGCUUUUGUGACUUUGUGUUCCCUUGAAUCCAAACUAAGUAAAUGAAGCUAGUAAACCUA